AUGUCGUGCCGGGCGUGGUUGGAGGAGCAAGAUGACGUGGCUGUCGGGAGGGAUUUUGAGAGGCGACCAGUGCGAGUGGCUUCCAGCGAGGUCAAACGGUGGGACUGCGAUGUGCCGUGUGAGUUUGUGAGCCAGGGAGACGACGUGGACGCCAGUUUGACGUAUGCAGUGGCGGGAAAGAUGGUGUUGCGGUCAAUGGAGGCGCGCUCUUACUACCCCGCAAACGACCCCGCUGUGUCCCGAGGAUCUUACAGUGUGGUGAUGACAGUGCAUUACGAUUCAGACGUGCCAGUGCAGUACGGGUCAUGGGAGGAGUAUGACAUCAUGCGUCCUCCAGUGCCCAAGACAGCAGACGCCAUUGCCGCUGCGUUCAUCAGCAACUGUAACGCCAACAACUUCCGACUCAAGGCAGUGGAGGAGCUGCAGAAGUUCUUUCCCGUGCACUCAUACGGUCGCUGCCUCAACAACCGACCCUUCGAGCAUGACAAGUUGGCAGUGAUUCAGCGCUACAAGUUCUCCCUCGCCUUUGAGAAUUCCUGUGAACCGGACUACAUCACUGAGAAGUUCUGGCAGUCCCUGGUCGCCGGAUCUGUGCCUGUGAUCGUGGGUCCUCCCAACAUUGCCGAUUUCGUGCCAGACAACAGCUCAUACCUCUACAUCCAGAGCGAGGAGGACAUCCCCAGGGUGGCGCGCCAGAUGCAGGCCAUAGCGGCUGACGAGGAUGCCUACAACCAGAUGCUCGAGUGGAAGCGAUCUGGGCCGUCGGAUCAGUUCGUCGCGAAUGUGGAUCUGUCGGCUGUGCACUCCUCCUGCCGCCUGUGUGUGCUGCUGGCAGACCGCAUCCGCUCACAAGAGAUCGCCGCUUCCCGCAAGCCACGGCCCUGCAGGUGUGAGAGUGUAGACUCGGGCAAAAAGCAGCUGACAUACCAUCUCUACGUGCGUGAAAGAGGCACAUACCGCUACACCUCCGUCUUCCUUACAAGCACCUCACUCUCCCUCCCGGGCCUCCGCCGAGCCAUUCGCCGAACCUUCAAAAAGAAGGGUUACAAGCCUGCUUGGCUUCUCCCGUUUUCGAGUCAAUUCAAGCCAGAAGAUUUCGAGAGACUGAAAGAGACGGAUACAUUAUUACCUCGCUAUGAGGAGUCCCGUUCAGAGCAGAAUGUCGAAGCAGUGCAUAGCAACGAAGCAGUGGUUACCAACAUUGGGGAGUCAGAGAGUAUGAAAAGUUCCUUCGAAACCCUUCAGGGGCAGCCCCAGGAAGGCGGUUCAUCAGCAAGAGCAGGCUCAAACGGGCAGUUGAACGGGCCGCGGGAACAGAUGUUGAGGGAGCCAGAGUGGGAUUCAGAGGGAUAUGUGUUGGCCAGUACACUCGGGCAGCUGGCACAAGAAGCUUCGAUCAACGGCACUGUAGUGAUCCUCGUGUGCAGCUAUGGCUACGCGGAUUUUCUGCUCAACUGGGCGAUAUACGCGGGCGAGCUGGGGUAUGGGCGGAAUUUCCUAGUGUUUGCUGAAGACUGGGAGAGCCUCAACCUGCUACUAGCAAGGUUUCCGAGACAGGUGGUGAGAUGGCACGUGCCGGAGAUAGAGCAGGCGGGGGAGGAGGAGCUCAAGGCAGCAGGGCUGGUGGAGGAGAGUGAUGCUGCCAGUGGUGGCCGUGCAGGGAUCAGUGCCACUGGCAGGGGUGGUGGGAGUGGUGGAGGUGGGAUUGGCAGCAGCAGCAGCAGCAGCAGCAGCAGCAGAGAGGCCUUUUCUUUCCUCACGCUGGGCUUCAAAAAGCUUAUGUAUCGGAGAGUUGCUUACAUCCGCACGCUCCUUAGCAUGGGCUUCAACGUCCUGAUUUGCGACUCGGAUUUCAUCUGGGUAAAGGAUCCCUUUCCUUACCUCUUUGCAAGGCCAAGCCACUCGGAGCUUUUGAGAAGGUCCAUGGCUUCGCGGCUUCAGUUAACCAACACCCUGGGAUUGUACAGCAACAAGAGAAAACGAUAUGCUGUUUCCGACUCAGAUCUGCAAGCUUUGCCAGAUUCCGGGGCAACUCCUAUAGAGUAUGAUGUGGUGGGAGUGCGGGAGUUUCCGGAUACAUACAAUUUCUAUGCAACUUCCACAUACCUCAUGGAUCCUCGACCCGUACAGCUUGACCAUGCCAAGCUCUGCGGUGGCUUUGUUCUCUUCCGCUUUAUCGACCGGGACGCGGAUCUGGGGGAGGAGUUGGGCAACGAGCGGCCUUCGGCGCACCACCGCACGCUGCUGCGGCGCAACGAGGAGGAGGAGGAGGUGAACGAGGAGGACUACCAGCGGUUCCUGGAGGAGCGGUAUGCGCGCAACGAGGUGCCCGAGCUGGGCGAGGGGGAGGCCACGGAGGUCGAGCAGCAGGCGCUGCUGCCAUCCGUGCGCGACCCCAAGCUCUGGAUGGUCAAGUGCGAGCUUGGCCACGAGCGAGAGGCGGUGGUAUCGCUGAUGCAGAAGUGCGUGAACCUUGAGGCAUUGGGGCAGUCGCUGCAGAUCAAGUCGGCCAUAGCCCUGGACAACCUCAAGGGGUGCGUGUACGUGGAGGCGUACAAGGAGGCCUACGUCAAGGAGGCCUGUGCGGGGCUGCGCCUGCUGAGGGCGUGGAAGCCGGCGCUGGUGCCGAUAAAGGAGAUGGCGGGCGUGCUGACGGUGGAGCAGAAGUCGGUUGACCUGGAGGAGAACAGCUGGGUGCGCGUCAAGAUCGGGCUGUACAAGGGCGACCUGGCUCUGGUGACUGACGUGGACACUGUGAAGCAGAGGGCCACCAUCAAGCUCAUCCCUCGAAUCGACCUUCAGGCCCUUGCUCAGCGCCAGGACGGCAAGCCUGUGGUGAAGCGCAAGGCCCGCCCUGCCCCGCGGUUCUUCAGUGUUGACGAGGCCAAGAACUACGGUCUUAGGCCCAUGGUCACCCGCCAUCGCACCACAGGAGAGCACAUCCAAUCCAUUGAGGGCAUGCAGUUCGUCGACGGCUACCUCCUCAAAGUGGUCUCCAUUAAAUCCCUUGACACCCGCGGGGUCGUCCCGACUCUCGACGAGCUGCAGCGCUUUCAGCGCGCUGCAGGGGACGGGGAGCGGGGGGAGUAUGGCGGCGGAGGGGGGUUGGGGAGCGGCGUGGGGCCGAUGGGGAUUUCUGCUGAGCAGGCGAAUCGGCAGAGGGGGCGGCUGGUGAAGGGGGAUGUGGUUGAAGUGGUGGAGGGCGAUUUGAAGGGGUUGAAAGGACGGGUUGAGAAGGUGGAUGAGGACGAGGUUAUCAUUCGGCCGCACCAUGACGAGCUCAAGGAUCUGCUGCCAGUAAAGGAGUCGCAGCUGCGCAAGUUCUUCCAGACGGGGGACCACGUGAAGGUGGUGGCGGGGCAGAACGAUGGGGUCACGGGGAUGAUCGUGAAGGUGGAUGGCCACAUCGCCAUCGUGCUGUCAGACACUUCCCGAGAACAUGUGCGGGUGUUCACUCGCGACCUCAUGUCAAGCUCAGAGGUGACGGCCGGUCCCUCUCAGAUAGGCGACUACGAGCUGCACGACCUGGUGCUGCUUGACCAAACCACGGCAGGCGUGAUAGUGAAGGUUGAGAAAACUGGUUGCGUUGUCCUCAAGGCCACUCCAGAGCGCAGCGAAACCGUAGCGGUAAAGCUGAGGGAGAUCCGGCGCAAGAUGAGCAACAAGAACGUGUCGGCACACGAUGCAGAGGGCCUGCCAAUAGUGGCCAAGGACCCAGUGCGCGUGGUGGAAGGCACCUACAGGGACCGGCGCGGCACGGUGGAGCACAUUCACCGCGGGGUGCUGUUUGUGUUCGACCGGCAUUAUGUGGAGAACGGCGGGUUCUUUUGUGUUCGCGCACGGUCGGUGCGAUGCCUGACAGCGAAAGCUGCUGCUGCUACUGGGCGCAAUUCAGCUGGUGGAGGUGGAGGGGGGGCGAUGGCUCCGUUCGACCGGAGGUUUGGAGGAGUGAUGCAGUCGCCGUCGCGCUUCCUGCAGAAAUAUGGUCAACUCAUCCCCUUCCUUCUCUGCAUUGCCUCAACCCUCCUUUAUCGCAGCGCAAUUCAGCUGGUGGAGGUGGAGGGGGGGCGAUGGCUCCGUUCGACCGGAGCGCAAUUCAGCUGGUGGAGGUGGAGGGGGGGCGAUGGCUCCGUUCGACCGGAGGUUUGGAGGAGUGAUGCAGUCGCCCUCGCGCUUCCUGCAGAAAUAUGGUCAACUCAUCCCCUUCCUUCUCUGCAUUGCCUCAACCCCCCUUUAUCGCAGCGCAAUUCAGCUGGUGGAGGUGGAGGGGGGGCGAUGGCUCCGUUCGACCGGAGGUUUGGAGGAGUGAUGCAGUCGCCCUCGCGCUUCCUGCAGAAAUAUGGUCAACUCAUCCCCUUCCUUCUCUGCAUUGCCUCAACCCCCCUUUAUCGCAGCGCAAUUCAUCUGGUGGAGGUGGAGGGGGGGCGAUGGCUCCGUUCGACCGGAGCGCAAUUCAGCUGGUGGAGGUGGAGGGGGGGCGAUGGCUCCGUUCGACCGGAGGUUUGGAGGAGUGAUGCAGUCGCCCUCGCGCUUCCUGCAGAAAUAUGGUCAACUCAUCCCCUUCCUUCUCUGCAUUGCCUCAACCCCCCUUUAUCGCAGCGCAAUUCAGCUGGUGGAGGUGGAGGGGGGGCGAUGGCUCCGUUCGACCGGAGGUUUGGAGGAGUGAUGCAGUCGCCCUCGCGCUUCCUGCAGAAAUAUGGUCAACUCAUCCCCUUCCUUCUCUGCAUUGCCUCAACCCCCCUUUAUCGCAGCGCAAUUCAGCUGGUGGAGGUGGAGGGGGGGCUAUGGCUCCCUUCGACCGGAGGCGCGUAUGGGGGAGGGCGGAUGGGGAACAGGCGCGAGAAUGGCAUGGUGGGGCGUAUUGUGAAGAUCCGAGCGGGGCCUUAUAAGGGGUACAGAGGCCGGGUGCUCGAUGCCACUGACACCACGGCAAGGAUCGAGCUUGAGUCACAAAUGAAAGUUGUUACAGUGCGGAGGGAUCAACUACCCGAUGGAGCACCAGCAGCCGGACAGCAGCAGCAGUCACCCGCACCGUACAGGGAGUCGCCUCGCUUCAGAGGACCGCUGGGCAGCGAGACGCCAGUCCACCCCUCGCGCACGCCCAUGCACCCAGGCUUUGGCGGCCGGGGCUUCGAUCCCUCUGCUACACCAGUGCAUGAGGGCAUGCGCACACCCAUGCGCGACAGAGCUUGGAACCCCCAUGUUCCCACAACUCCUCUCAGGCCCGACUCAUUCGACGAGGCGAAUCCGUCCACAUGGGGUUCAUCGGGCAGCGAUGCUCCCUUCCUGCCAUACACGCCUGCCUUCUCACCCGCCGACAUUGCCCCCUCGCCACCGCUACCCGUGCAUGAUCCCGGCACGCCAGGCGAUCUGCGUUCGGCCUUUGACAUUCCCACGCCUGGCAGCCAAGCCGGCCCCAACUACAACCCCUCCACACCUUAUGGCGAGGCACCGAGCCCAUAUGCGGCGCAGACGCCCACGGGGCAGCCGCUCACGCCCUCUGCUGCCUACAUUCCCGCCACCCCUGCUGACUCUUCCCUGCCCAUGACCCCUGCCGACCCCAACUCGCCCGCAAUUGGCAUGGGAGGAGGGUUCAGCAACGGAGGAGAGGGGGGGUCGCUGGGCCUGCCUGGAGUGCUGGUGAUGGUGCGACGACCGGGGGGGCCUGGGAUGACCACAGUGGUGAUUCGAGAAGUGCUGCCGAACGGAUCAUGCCGUGUUGGAGCAAGCAACGCGUCAGAGUCUGAGCUCUUCAUAGUGGGUCCCUCGGAAAUGGAUAUAGUGUUACCGCGUUCGCACGACCGCGUCAAGAUUCUGCGUGGCCCGCUAAGGGGUGCUGUGGGGAAGCUGAUGGGGGUGGAUGCGGCAGAAGGGAUUGUGAAGGUGGACGGUGAACCUGAUCACGCGGCGAAGGCGGCGGAGAGCGACAUGCAGCAGCUUAAGACGAAGCUCGAGACGGAACCGCUGAGCAAGAGCCUCACCGGCACCGUCAUUCCCGAUGAAACCUCCUUCAACAUCGAGGCGGAGAUGAAGAGCCUGGGAGGGCUGGAGGUGCUCAUUCCGGGGAAGCUGGAGCCAACGCUGAUUCGCCAGCAUCUGGACGAGUCGCUCCUCAAGGCCUUCAACUGCGCGUGCAAUGUACACCUGUCAACAUCGUAUGCAUAUCAGGCGCUCGCCCUGUACUGUGGCAAGGACUCAGUGGCCCUUCGAGGGUUUGGCAAAUUCUUCUGGAAGCGCGCCCUUGAGGAGCAGAUGACGUUCAAGGACAUUGCAGCAUUUGUGAGUGGCCGUGGGGGGAGCCUAAUGCUGCGAGACAUCAAGGCUCCGCCGCAGUCCUUCCAUGACCCUGAAAGGGGUGAUGCUCUAACGGUUGCGGAGUUUGACCUGGCUCUGGGCAAGGUGGCAUAUGAGAAGGAUCUCAACCUCCACAAGGCAGCAGAGAUGUCGGGGGAUGCUGGAGCGCAAAACUUUAUUGAGAAUCGCCUGCUCAAGCCAGCGGUGCUGGCGCUGCAGCGCUGUGCACGCUAUGUGACUCAGAUCAGGCGUGUGGGCAAGGGAACAGGGGAGUACCAGAUGGAUCAUCACAUGCUCAUGGGUGUGGACGUUGGAGAACUCACCGUGGGGCAGGUUCUUGAUCCAAUGACUGAGCGCAUGUCGGUGCACAUGCAGCCACCCACCAAGCGUGCCCGUACAGCCGCUGAUGUGCCUCACCGCUUAACGCCUCACCUUCCCCUUAUUUCCCCCUCUACUCCCCCUCGUUCCAGCCUCUCCUUCCCCUUAUUUCUUCCUCUGCUUCCCCUCGUUCCCCCCUCUCCAUCCCCUUAUUUCCAACUCUACUCCCCCCUCGUUCCCCCUCUCCUUCCCCUUGUUUCCCCCCCUGCUUCCCCUCGUUCCGCCUUCUCCUUCCCCUUAUUUCCCCCUCUGCUCCCCCUCGUUCCGCCCUCUCCUUCCCUUAUUUCCCCCUCUGCUCCCCCUCGUUCCCACCUCUCCUUCCCCUCGUUACCCCCUCUGCUUCCCCUUAUUUCUUCCUCUGCUUCCCCUCGUUCCCCCCUCUCCUUCCCCUUGUUUCCCCUCUGCUCCCCCUCGUUCCCCCUCUCCUUCCCCUUGUUUCCCCUCUGCUCCCCCUCGUUCCCCCUCUCCUUCCCCUUGUUUCCCCCUCUGCUUCCCCUCGUUCCGCCUUCUCCUUCCCCUUCUUUCCCCCUCUGCUCCCCCUCGUUCCCCCCUCUCCUUCCCCUCAUUUCCCCCUCUGCUCCCCCUCGUUACCCCCUCUGCUUCCCCUUAUUUCCCCCUCUUCUUCCCCUCCUUUCCCCUUAUGCUUCACCUCCUUCCCCCCCCUGCAUGCCCUCCUUUCUCCACCUGCUUCCCCUCCUUGCCCCCCAUGCUUCUCUUCGCUUCCCCCCGCAUCCCCUGUUUUCCCCUGCUUUCCCCCCCUUGCUUGCUCUCCUUCACCCCCAUGCUUCACCUCCUUUCCGCCCCUCCUUCACCUCCUUUCCCUCCCUGCUUCCCCCCUUUUCCCCCACGGCUUCCCUUCCUUUCCCCCCCUGCCUCCUCUCCUUUCCCCCCAUGCUUAUCCUCCCUUCCCCCCCUGCUUCCCCUCCUUUCCCCACCUGCUUCCCCUAUUUCUCACCCUCCUUUCGCUCAUUUUCCCCCUCUGCUUGCCGCAAUGCCUCUCCACCCCCUUACAAUCCAAUCAGCUCCUUCGAGUUUGCUUAUUCUCUGUCCUCCCUUUUUACCCUGCUUAUGCUCCCUCCUCCCUUUGCUUACCCUCUCUCUUCCCCUCUACCCUCACCACCAGUACCGUGUUUACCGCCUUCCCUUUCCAUACUGAGGGAUCUCAAGUGCAGCAUGGAACAAGAUGGACCAGUCCUCUUCAGUCUAGGCUUGCAUGUGCUCCCACUGUGUGUUGAAAGUAGUUGA